CGGGGGGAAUCUCAGACGAUGCCGAACGCGUUGGAUUCCCUUCGCAGCCUCCGCGCGAUCUCGCGCGGGGGCGCCCUGAGCGCCUUCGCCCGGCGCUUCACCGCCGGGCGCGCGCUCUUCGCGGGCGACGACGCCCGCGACGGAGGCGAGACGGACGGCGCGUCCAGCGCUCAGGCGCGUCGCCAGCCGGCGGAGAUCGUGCGGAUCGACGUCAUGGGACGCGUGCAGUACUACCCGGUGUCCGCGGGCGAUCGAUUGAACGGCUACCCCGACAUGACCGUCCGACAGCUGUGCGACGCGCUCGACGCCAGGUACGCCUCCAGGAAGCUGCCGGCGGAGCGUCACGUCCAGCAGCUCGUCGCCAAGGUUGCCACCGCGGAUGACGCGACGACGGCGGCGGCGGCGAUGGCCAAGUUCCACCACCGUCGCGCCGCGGCGUUCGCCACCAUGAAGCUCCCCAGGAAGCGUCACGGACUCACCCCGCAGUCGCUCAUGAUGUUCAUCGGCGCGUGUCGACGCGUCGGGGCUGCAAGCGCCGCGCUCGCCGCCGCGGAGAAUCACAACGCGAUUGGGUUGCCGAUGAUCAGACCCGCGCUGCUGAAGCUGUGCGAGGCGUGCGAAGACGUCGACCAGGUGCUGAGGGUGUACGAGCUGUGGCAGAAGGAGGGGUGGGAGGUGGACGGCGCGAUCGCGGAGGCUGUGGUGAUGGCCGCGGCGAGGGUGGGCGAGCCCGACGCGGCGGAUCGGUGGCUGAAUGAAUUCAAGGGCGCCGGGAUUGACUCUUUCGACGCGGCCAAGUGCGAAACGGCGGUGGCGGCGAAGCGCGCGGAGAUGGCGUCGCCGCCGACAGACGACGGUGGUGAAGAUAAUGGGGGAGAGGAAGAGGGAGGGGACGAUGCCGAGGGCGAGAACGAGAGUAAGUGA